AUGCUGUCCAUCCUAUAUGCACUUGGUGCCCUAGUCGAAGCCCUCGCUCUGCCUACUGGCCAGAUCAUAGCGCGAGAGGUCACUCCUUGGUGUGCCGGCCUUGGCCCUGGCGCGUUCGACAUCGCACACAACUUUACGCUCGCAGCGCUGAAUACCACCCUCCCGAACGCGAAUGCCACAGGAGCACCUCUUGUCCUCGGUCAAGCUGGUGCUACUGACGGCGAGUCGUUCGAGGUGUUCUCGACAUAUGCGAGCUACCCAUACAACGACUGGCCGAACCUCUCGCUGCUCCAGGGCGGUCUCGUCGCAAAUUCCAUAUACAACUUCACAUCCCCCGCAGGGAACGUCACGUCCGGCAACGAGCUCUCCUUCGUCACUACGACAUACAACGCCCCUCCACCCGCGCAGAUCUAUUGUGCGGUCGCCGACAUCGAUCCUACGGAAGGCUCGCCAUACCCGCUGCUUGCGGUGAACGGGGACACGAGCGGCUUCGCGCUGUGUGUUCAAUGCGAUUGCAAUUACGCGCAGACGAAUCUCGUGUGGCAGCCUAGUCCGGAAAAUGCCGACGGAUACCUGUACGACACUUGCUACAAUGUGACGGUGCAGCUGCUGGGUCUGAAUUGA